AUGCCAAUUCGCUCUAGGGGGACCGAAACUGUCAAUGAGCGAGAUGUUGCUGCAAAAAGUCGUUCAGAGAAGGACGCGCCGUCCAACAAAUCGAAGGGAGAUGGCGGGCGAACAGUGCCAUGGAGAGCUUUGUUCUUCUUCACCACCAAGUCACACCUGACAUGUCUGUUUAUCGGUCUUGCGGCAGCGAUCGCAGCUGGUGGCAUUACACCAGCGCAGUCAUAUCUGCUCGGUAAAGCUUUCAACGCAUUCACUAAUUCUAGCAAUCCUAGCGCUGUCCUUUCCAGCGUCACCAACUAUACCAUUUACCUCAUUGCUCUCGGGGUCGCGAGUUGGCUAGUGCACUUUGUCUUCUUCUCAGCCUGGCUUGCAUUUGGAGAGCUUCAGGCCAAUAGUGCUAGAGAAAGGCUGUUUCUGGGUAUGCUGGACAAGGAGAUCGAAUGGUACGAUAUGCGCAAGAACGGAAUCGGCGCCUUGAUACCUCGUCUACAAGCACAGAUAAGAGACCUUCAACUCGCCACCGCCCAACCCUUUGGUGAAUUGGUAACAUCAGCCGCAGGCGCCGCAGCCUCUCUAGGACUCGCUCUGUACACUUCCUGGAAACUCACUCUUGUCAUAAUCUCGACCGCGCCUGUCAUCGUCCUUGUUGUCGGCUAUCUAGGGUCGUCCAUGCAACAGUCAGUCACGAAGCAGCAAGAGAAACUCACGGAAGCUCUCAAAUUCGUCAGCAAUGCCAUCAAUGCCAUUGAGACUGUCAAGUGUUUCAAUGGCCAAGAACACGAAUUAAGCAAAUACUCGUCUCGCCUCAAAGAAGCCGCAAGCUGGUAUUAUCGCGUUGUCAAUGUAAAUGCCCAGCAAUUUGGCUUCGUGGGUUUUAUGACACUGGCCAUGUUCGUACAGGGUUUUUACUACGGCGGUGUUCAGGUCGAUAAGCACGAAAAGAACACAGGGGAUGUUGUCACAACCUUCUUCUCGGCCAUCAGCGCGUUCCAGGCCAUAUCCGGUAUUCUGCCACAGAUGAUAGUGCUCCAGAAAGGAAGAACAGCUGGGUCGACUCUUAGAGCCAUCAUGGCACAGAUGGCGAAGGACCCAAAUGCUCUGCCGUCGCCGUCGCUUUCGAAGCCAGGCAGAUGCGACGGCAACAUUGAAUUUCGAAAUGCAAGUCAAACACUAUGUGUGUCUUUUGCUUAUCCAGCGCGUCCAGACCGAAUGGCUUUGAGCAACGUCACAUUUUCUGUUCCAGCACACGACACUACGUUCAUCAUUGGGAAGAGUGGAUCCGGAAAGAGCACCUUCAGCCAGUUGCUCUUGAAGUUCUAUCUAGCAGCCUCGGGACAGAUACUCUUCGAUGGGUUACCUCUAGAAUGUUUGGAUCCUACCUGGCUCCGAAAUCAUGUCACACUUGUUGAGCAGCACAGUAUGUUGUUCGAGGACACUGUCUUCGGGAACAUUGCCAUUGGAACCGACAAUCGUCAGGGCGUUUCACAUGAAGCCGUAACUGGUGCUGCCGAGUUUGCUCUCUUGCUGGCCAUGAUCAACGAUAUGCCUCAGAGAUUCCAAACUAUGGUUGGAUCGAAAGGCGGCACUAUGAGUGGUGGCCAAAGGCAGCGGAUGGCCCUAGCUCGAGCAUAUCUACGAGAUACGCCUGUGCUUAUUCUGGACGAGUCAACCAGUGCACUGGACCAAGUGAGUCGUUCACUGAUGAUGGAAGCAAUUCGCCAAUGGCGCCAAGGCAAGACGACCCUGAUCAUCACUCAUGAUAUCACACAAAUUCUUCCUGAUGAUUACGCGAUGGUCUUCGAGGACGGCAAACUUGUACAAGAGGGUUAUCGCAAACGCAUGGAGCAGAUACAUGAUUCCCCUUUUCAAAAGUUCUUGUCUUUUGAGGCUGUUGCCGCGCCAGAUCCUUCAGAGAUCCAAGCCGACACGGAAAAUGAGUCGAAUGAAGAGCCAGCUCAUCAAGAGCCUACAGACGACUCCUUGGAGGCCCACUUGCAUGCGGGUGAGAAUCCACGGUAUUCUUAUCUGCCUGCACUUUUCGCGAACAGACACACGAAGGCAGCGUUCAGGGGUGCAUACGGCUUUGCUACUACGCUUAGUGAACUUGGCUCACCAAAUUUUGGACCUUCCUCGCCUAUGAACAGGAGGUCUAGCGGUGCAGACCCUACUACCUCACACGAGCUUCGAACUGAUGAGACUACCCGGCAAAGCAACAAAAUUGCUGGCGGGGGUAAAGAAAUAAACAAUAGGAAGUCUAUGGCGCCGGAGCUUCUCUACAAGUUCGUAGAGUCGACCGGAGAUCUAGCUGCUCGUGCGCGUCUUACUUCGGGUAACUCCAGGAGAAGACGUAUUCCCUCUGAUGGGUCUAUAUCUGCUGCCGGUGGUGGCACCGAGAUGAAACCUUUGUCGAAGUACAAGAAGAAACAGUUACCUGAGGACGACCAGCGGAUAUUCUCCUUAAAAGCUAUCCUCGGCACCAUCUGGCCUAGUCUUGAUUGGUAUAUGAAAGUUGUUCUCAUCAUCGCUUUGGUCGCUGCCUCCAUCAACGGCGCAUGUACCCCAAUCUUCUCCAGUAUCUUGUCCAAGCUGAUAGGAACUUAUGGUAAAGGCGACAAAGAAAAACAUACCGCUACGGUCUACACUGUUUCGAUUCUUGGUAUUGCAGUCUUGAGUGGCGUCAGCAGCUACAUUUUACAUUUACUCCUAGAAUACGCCGGUCAGGUAUGGAUCAAUACCAUGCGCGAGAGGUCUUUGGAGCGCAUCCUUGAUCAGCCUCGCGAUUGGUUCACCCGCGAGGAGAACUCGGUUUCGCAUGUGAUGGAGGGUUUGGACCGGCAUGCAGAAGAAAUGCGUAAUCUCCUCGGCCGCUUCGCAUCAUCUCUCUACAUAGCGCUUGUUCUGAGCGUUGUCGCCCUCAUUUGGGCUUUAACUUCACAAUGGAAGCUCACAUUGAUCGCAAUUGCUCUCGGCCCGUACGUAUACUUCGUCACCAAAUCUUUCAGCACUAUUAGUGGAAACUGGGAGGGUAGAAGCAACGACGCAGCUGAAGCUGCCGAAGCGAUCUUCACCGAAACAUUCACUAACAUCAAGACCGUGCGGGCCUUGACUCUUGAGUCUCACUUCCGAGAGAAGUACUUCCGCGCAACUAAGAAUGUGCUACAGAUUGGCUUCAGACGUUCUGUCUACACCGGCUUUUUCUUCGGUCUCUCGGAUUCUUCUGGAAUCUUCAUUAUGGCACUUAUGUUCUAUGCUGGAGCGAGAUUAAUACGUGAUGGUGCUAGCCCAACGAAAAUUGUUGAGGUUUUUGUACAGCUUGUCUUAGCAAUCACAAACGUGAGCCUUUACUUGGGUCUCGUGCCACAGAUAGGUCUUGCAAAGGACUGUGCCUCUCGCCUGCUUCGACUGUCGACACUGCCGAAAGAUUCGCAUGAACAUCUUGGUAACACGCAGAUCACAUCGAUUGGUGACAUCGAGUUACACAACCUGAGUUUCUCCUAUCCCUCUCGUCCGGCACAGACAGUACUCAAGAACGUUAAUCUGCUCAUACCAGCAGGCGAGACUACUGCGUUGGUUGGAUUUUCGGGAUCAGGAAAAUCUACCAUUGCUAGUUUGCUUCUGAAUCUCUACACGACUGCAAGCGAGAUUUCCGAAGUCAGUGGCGAGACACCGGAUAUCAUGCUUUCAGGUCGCGACCUGAAGCAUAUUCAUACCCCAACACUGCGUUCGUUGAUCACAGUCGUCUCACAGACUCCAGUACUGUUUCCUGCAACAAUCACGGAGAACAUAAUAUAUGGACUACCGCAGUCAUCCCCUUACAACAACAUGGCAUCAGUCCGUCGAGCUGCAGCUGCAGCGGGAAUUGAUGGAUUCAUCAUGAGUCUGUCACAGGGCUAUGAGACUUUGGUAGGCGAAGGUGGUACUGGAUUGUCAGGUGGACAGGCCCAACGGUUAGCCAUCGCCAGGGCUCUGGUCCGCAGACCAGCAGUCAUGAUCCUCGACGAAGCAACGUCCGCGCUCGACGUAAAAAGCUCGAGCUUGGUCCGAGACACCAUACAAGGCUUGGUUGAGCGCGAUGGCAGUGGUAUAACUGUUAUAAUCAUCACCCACAGCAAAGACAUGAUGAGCAUUGCAAAGAAUAUCAUAAUGCUUUCUCAAGGAAAGGUCAUUGAGCAAGGAAGCUACGAAGGAUUGCUGCGCAAGAGAGGUGAGUUCUACCACCUUCUGAGAGGUGGAGAGUGGUCCGAAGAGCCGAACGUAGAGGAUGGCAUUACUGUGCAUGGCCUGUCAGAUGCCAUAAUUUGGACAAAAGGCAAAGCAGGACCAUAA